CUUUCUCUUUCUGGCUUACGUCACUUAGAAUGACGUUCUCCAGGGCCAUCCAUGUUGCUGCAAAUGACAUUAUUUUAUUCUUUUUAUGGCUGAGUAGUAUUCCAUUGUAUAAACCACAACUUCUUUAUCCAGUCAUCUGUUGAUGGACAUUAGGCUGUUUCCAUAUCUUUGCUGUUGUAAAUAGUGCUGCUGUGAACAUUGGGAUGCAUGUGUCUUUUUGAAUUAGGGUUCCUUCUGGAUAUAUGUCCAGAAGUGGGAUUGCUGGGUCAUAUGGUAAGUCUAUUUUUAGUCUUUUGAGGAAUCUCCAUACUGUUUUCCACAGUGGCUACACCAAACUGCGUUCCCACCAGCAGUGUAGGGGGGUUCCCUUUUCUCCACACCCUUUCUGGCAUUUCUCAUUUGUGGACUUUUGAAUGAUGGUCAUUCUGACUGCUGUGAGGUGAUACCAGAGUAGUUUUGAUUUGCAUUUCUCUGAUAAUUAGUGUUAUUGAGCAUUUUUCAUGUGCCUAUUGGCCAUUCAUGUGUCUUCAUUGGAGAAUUGCUUGUUUAGGUCUUCUACCCAUUUUUGGAUUGGGUUGUUUGUUUUUUUCUUAUUGAGUCGUAUGAGCUGUUUGUAUAUUCUGGAAAUUAACCCCUUGUUGGUUGCAUCUUUUGCAAAUAUUUUCUCACAUUCUGUAGGUUGUCUUUUUGUUGUGCUUAUGGUUUCCUUUGCUGUGCAAAAGUUUAUAAGUUUAAUUAGGUCUCAUUUGUUUGUUUUUGCCUUUAUUUAUAUUGCUUGGGUAGAUUGCCCUGGCAGAACAUUGCUGAGAUUUAUGUUGGAUAAUGUUUUACUUAUGUUUUCUUCUAAGAGGCUUAUAGUGUCUUGUCUUACAUUUAAGUCUUUAAGCCAUUUUGAGUUUAUUUUUGUGUAUGGUGUGAGGGAGUAUUCUAACUUCACUGAUUUAUAUGCUGCUGUCCAGUUUUCCCAGCACCAUUUGCAGAAGAGACCAUUUUUAUUGCAUUGUAUGUUCUUGCCUCCUUUGUAGAAGAUUAAUUGACCAAAAGUUUGUGGGUUUAUAUCUGGGCUCUCUAUCCUGUUCCAUUGAUCCAUAGGUCUGUUUUUGUACCAAUACCAUGCUGUUUUGAUUACUGUAGCUCUGUAGUGUUGUCUGAAGUCUGAGAGGGUUAUUCUUCCCAGAUUCAUUCUUUUUCUUCAGUGAUGCUUGGCAAUUCUGGAUCUUUUGUAAUUCCAUGUAAGUUUUAGGAUUAUUUGUUCUAGUUCUGUGAAAAAUGUCCUGGGUAAUUUGAUAGGGAUCACAUUAAAUCUGUAGAUUGCUUUGGAUAGUAUGGCCACUUUAACAAAAUUAAUUCUUCUAAUUCAUGUUUGCUCAUCUUUUAAAAUUAAGGUAUAAUUGACACUAUAUUAGUUUUAGGUGUACAACAUACUGGUUUGGUUUUUGUAUAUAUUGUGAAAUGAUCACCACAGUAAAUUUCCAUAGCAUCUGUCACCGCACACAGUUACAGUUGUGUGUGUGUGUGUGUGUGUGUGUGUGUGUGUGUGUGUGUGAUGUAUCAUCAUAGUUUUCAUUUGCGUGUCCCAGGGACUAGUGAUGUUGAUGGGAGAAUGCACCUUCCCAUGUGCGUGCUGGCCAUUCAUAGUGGGAUUCCUUCAGUGGUAAAGAUGGAAACUCAGGAAGGGGAUGUGCGUGGGCUGUGGAGCUGCAUUCCCCUCUGACACACUGAGGCGGGAGCGGCAGCCCAGUUGGGGACUCAUCUGAACAAUUCAGAAGGGACAACCUGCCCUUCGGGAAAAGUGGGUAUGGCAGCCCUGGGGCUCGGUUCUCUAUUGGCUGCUGACAGCGUGCCCACUGGGGAACUGCCUGCUUCUUCAUUUUGAACUUUGAGUGCCCUUGUUGCCCAUACCUGGUGGCCUCAGGGUAAGCCUGGGUUUGGGAGCUCGCUGGGUUCUGUUUUAUCUGCUCUGCGUUAGCAGUUCCCCCAGCUCAUCCAUCAUGUGCCAGAGGAAGCCUGUUGUAUUUUCUGAUCCUCCCAGAGAGAACAGAGCUACUGGCAGCUCUAUUAAAUGUAAUUUCACUUACAUAUGAGAGCAGUGUGGUCUGGAAAGGACACAGGUGCCAACUUGAUGGAGAUCCCAGUGGCUCAAUCUGGUUCACUUCAAGCAAGAAAAUAAUCAUCAUAAUAGAUUAUGACCCAGAGAAUAAAAUAAAUAUCCAUCAGUCCAUGCUGAGAUAAAUAAGUGAUUAAACAGAGACAGAAAUGGAGGCGGAAGGGAAAGCUCAUCCUUAGAGCAGAAUUCCAGCUGUUCAGGCUAAAGGGGGUGACUGGACUAGAAAAUGACCCUUUAGCACACAUCACACUGAUGGACCAUGGGCGGCUGCAGAGGCUGUGGAGUGAAGUAUGACACACGAAACAGGAUAUUUGCAAAGCCUCAGAGUAUCUCCCCGCAAGACGCUGAUUCAUUACAAAGGGAGCAGCAGCAGCUCUGCGGGGGAGAGACCCGGUGGGCAGCACCUUGACCAUGUGGCCAAGGGCAGCGGCCCCAGUGAGGGGCCUGGCUGGCACCGUGUGCCCCGGUGUGAUGCACUGAGCGGGACAUCAGAUCACUUCUGCCGAACAGCCUCGACCUAACUGUGAGAAAGCAUCAGGCAGACUGGAAGUGGGUUCUGGGGUCACUCUGCCUCUGUUCAUACCUGGCCAUCCUGCUUGCCGGCUGUGCGACUUUGGAAAGUCACCUCAUUUCUGCUUGCCUCAGUUUCCUUGUCUGUAAAACGAGGUACCCAGCUGGUGUACAGCUCAGACGGUUAUCAUGAGGAUUAAAUGUUAAUUUAGUUAAUUAAGUGUGAAUACAUGCACAGUACUGCAGCGGGGCCUCGGCGCAGAGUAAGGGCUGUGCUGUUACAUGCGGUUCCAUGUGACACCAGCAGCAUCUUCUGCCGACCUUAGGGCUAUUUUCUUUCUUUCUUUCUUUUCUUUUCUUUUCUUUUCUUUUCUUUCUUUCUUUCUUUCUUUCUUUCUUUCUUUCUUUCUUUCUUUCUUUCUUUCUUUCUUUCUUUCUUUCUUUCUUUCUUUCUUUUCUUUUCUUUUCUUUUCUUUUCUUUUCUUUUCUUCCUUUUCUUUCUUUCUUUUUUUCUUUCUUCUUUCUUUCCCUCUCACUGUGCUUCUGGAAGCUUUCUGAUGCAGGCCCUGGUGCUGGUUCCUCCUCCAACCAGCUGUUUUGCUCUAAAAGCAUUUCCCACCCCACCAGCAGGCGGGUGAAGCCGCACCAGCACCUGUGCCUUAAGGGUUGUCCACUUUUGAAGGAAUCAGAAUAACUGUUCUCUCACUUAGCAUUGUUGGAAAGACAGAGCUCAUGUCACCAUAGAACUUUCUGUGGCUAGUUUCCCUUAUUCCCAGCAUGGAGUCCAGACCUUUCUGGGCUUGUGGAGACCUUGUAGUUUUGGGGGGGUUGGUGUGGAUCUGCCUCACAAUGACCUGUCUGAGCUCUCACCCCAUGUCACAUUUUAGCAUCUGUUUGGCCAGUAAGGCUGCAGCACACACACCAGCCUCAUUCCCCACUUGGCCUUACCUUUGAUGUCACAAUCUGACCUGCGGAUAUUAAUCUGGCUACAGCUGCUCACAGACCAGACGGCAGAGUCAAUAGGACCACCACAGUAAGAUGUGGAAAAGAAUUGACCAUCAACCGAAGAUCAAAGCAGGGGAUGGGCCUCAGGCAGGCCAGUUCAAGGAACUGGGUCCAGCUCAGGAACCUGCCGUGCCACACCCUCUCAAGCUGUCAGAAUUCCAGAGCUUCUCCGUGUUCGAGGACAUCAGCCAUCACAUCAAAGAGGAGGGGGCCCAACUGGUAAAGAAAGUCAAUGCCAUCUUUCAGCUGGACAUCACCAAGGAUGGGAAGAUCAUUCUGCAGUGGACCAUCGAUCUGAAGACUGGUUCUGGGGACACGUACCCAGGACCCGCCAGGCUCCCAGCAGACACUGUCUUCACAAUCCCGGAGCCUGUCUUUAUGGAGUUGGUUUUGGGCAAAAUGAACCCUCAGAAGGCUUUCCUUGCCGGCAAGUUCAAAGUGAGUGGCAAAGUUCUGCUUGGCCAGAAGCUGGAGAGGGUUUUCAAAGACUGGGCUAAAUAUUAAGCAUACAAAACUACCAAGGAAGUGAUCAGAACUUCUCUCUGAUUAGAAUGUUGAGCAGAAGUCAUGCUUAAACUGAAGAUUAAAACAAAAAGUAUUCAAUAUUUUUACUCAAAUUCUUCCUAUUCAAGUUUGAUUAAUUUUCCUGCUGAUAUGUAAAUUUGGAGUGAGGGUUCUAGAGCAGUAAAGAGUGUUGGAGUGUAUUACC